GCGCCUUUCAUCACCUGUUGUGAGAAGGGGAUCGUCCAGGAGUUGUUUUCUUCUUCGGGGUUACGGUUUCACUCCUCGGCGCCAAUAUUUAGAGUUUAAUACCACUCCCCGACCGCUUUUGUUGAUGAUUCGCGGUUGUUAAUGACAUUUUUUUAUUUCAACGUGACGCGACUUGCCCGAGCAUCAACUUCAAGUCGAAAGAGCAAGGGUUUUUAUUAGCCUCCAUCUCCACAAUGUCAUCACUACCCCCUCCUCCACCUCCAGGAUGGGGUGCAUCGGCACCGCCGUCGAUGCCUCUGGCUCCGCCGCCGCCGGGAUAUCAGCCACCAGCUGAUCCGACCGUCGCAAAAUUCGCUCAGAAGAAGAACGACUGGUUACGGACGCAACGAAAUCGAUUUGGAGAGAAGAGAAAGGGUGGCUUCGUCGAAACACAGAAGGCGGACAUGCCGCCGGAGCAUUUACGAAAGAUUGUGCGGGAUAUCGGCGACGUAUCACAGAAGAAGUUCAGCAACGAAAAGCGUAGCUAUCUCGGCGCACUUAAAUUCAUGCCUCAUGCGGUUUUGAAGCUACUGGAAAACAUGCCUAUGCCUUGGGAGUCUGCUAGGGAAGUGAAGGUGCUAUACCAUGUCAACGGCUGUCUCACGAUAGUCAAUGAGACUCCCAGAGUUAUCGAACCCAUCUUCCACGCUCAGUGGGCGACAAUGUGGGUUUGUAUGCGCAGAGAAAAGAGUGACCGCAGACACUUCAAGAGAAUGCGCUUUCCUCCCUUCGAUGAUGAAGAACCACCAUUGUCCUGGUCGGAGAAUAUCGAGGACGUUGAGCCUUUGGAGCCGAUUCAGAUGGAACUCGACGAGAAUGAGGACUCCCCUGUCUACGAAUGGCUCUAUGAUCACCGACCUCUCCUUGAUACCCCUCACGUUAAUGGUCCUAGCUAUAAGAAGUGGAACUUAACACUCCCGCAGAUGGCAACACUUUAUCGUUUAAGUCAUCAGCUACUUAGCGACGUGGUAGACGAGAACUAUUUCCACAUGUUCGAUUUGAAUAGUUUCUUUACAGCGAAGGCCCUGAAUGUUGCUAUCCCCGGUGGUCCGCGCUUCGAACCUUUAUACAAGGACAUUGACCCCAAUGACGAAGACUUCAGCGAGUUCAACGCCAUCGACCGUAUUAUUUUCCGCGCGCCCAUUCGCACGGAAUACAGAGUCGCUUAUCCUUUUCUGUACAAUACUUUACCGAGAAGCGUGAAAGUUUCUUGGUAUUCUCAUCCUCAAGUUGUCUACGUUCGGACCGACGACCCUAACCUUCCCGCUUUCUACUUCGACCCCGUAAUUAACCCAAUCUCAUCUCGUUCCGUCGCGCCGAAGAACAUUACCGUAAGCCAUGAAGAUGAGCUUUUCGGACCUGGAAACAAUGAAGACGAGUUUGAGCUUCCCGGAGAAGUCGAGCCUUUCUUCGCUGAUGAGGAGCUAUACACCUCCGAAACUGCCUCUGCUAUUGCGCUCUGGUGGGCUCCUCACCCGUUCAACAAGCGCUCUGGAAAGAUGGUGCGUGCACAGGAUGUGCCAUUGGUGAAGCAAUGGUACAUGGAACACUGCCCCCAGGGCCAGCCCGUUAAAGUCCGCGUGUCUUACCAGAAGCUUUUGAAAACCUAUGUUCUUAACGAGCUUCAUAAGAAGACGCCUAAGGCUCAGAACAAGCAGAAUCUGUUGAGAACUCUGAAAUCGACCAAGUUCUUCCAGCAGACAACCAUCGACUGGGUUGAGGCUGGUUUGCAAGUCUGUCGUCAGGGUUUCAACAUGCUCAACUUGUUGAUUCAUCGCAAAAACUUGACAUACUUGCAUCUGGACUACAACUUUAACUUGAAGCCGGUCAAGACUCUGACCACGAAGGAGCGAAAGAAGUCUCGUUUCGGAAAUGCUUUCCACCUGAUGAGAGAAAUUCUGCGUCUUACCAAGCUGAUUGUGGAUGCGCAGGUUCAAUACCGUCUGGGCAACAUUGAUGCUUUCCAACUAGCUGAUGGUAUUCUUUAUGCUUUCAACCACGUUGGACAGCUGACAGGUAUGUACCGUUAUAAGUACAAGUUGAUGCAUCAGAUUCGUUCCUGUAAAGAUCUGAAGCAUUUGAUCUAUUACCGAUUCAACUCUGGGCCGGUCGGUAAGGGUCCUGGAUGCGGCUUCUGGGCGCCGGCAUGGCGUGUGUGGCUCUUCUUUAUGCGUGGUAUCAUCCCUCUCCUUGAGAGAUGGCUUGGGAACUUGCUGUCUCGUCAAUUCGAGGGCCGCCACAGCAAGGGUGUCGCGAAGACAGUCACCAAGCAGCGUGUGGAGUCCCAUUUCGAUCUUGAACUUCGUGCUUCUGUUAUGGCCGAUUUGAUGGACAUGAUGCCAGAAGGCAUCAAGCAGAACAAAAUCAAUACCGUCCUUCAACAUCUCUCGGAGGCUUGGAGAUGCUGGAAGAGUAACAUUCCGUGGAAGGUUCCUGGAUUACCCGCUCCUAUCGAAAACAUCAUCCUCCGUUAUGUUAAGAGCAAGGCCGACUGGUGGAUUUCUGUGGCGCAUUACAACCGUGAACGAAUUCGCCGAGGUGCUACGGUAGACAAGACCGUUGCCAAGAAGAAUCUUGGCCGACUCACUCGGCUUUGGCUCAAGGCGGAGCAGGAGAGGCAACACAACUAUCUGAAGGAUGGUCCUUACGUGUCGUCCGAAGAAGCUGUAGCUAUCUACACUACUAUGGUACAUUGGCUUGAGUCCCGCAAGUUUUCUCCAAUCCCCUUCCCUAGUGUCUCAUACAAGCACGAUACCAAGAUCUUGAUCCUUGCUCUGGAACGCUUGCGUGAAGCGUACUCUGUUAAAGGCAGACUCAAUCAGAGCCAGCGUGAGGAGCUUGCUCUUAUUGAACAGGCCUACGAUUCUCCUGGAACGACACUGGCUAGAAUCAAGAGAUUCCUCUUGACACAGAGAGCGUUCAAAGAAGUCGGGAUUGAUAUGAAUGAUAACUAUAGCCAUAUCAAUCCCGUGUAUGACGUCGAGCCCAUUGAGAAGAUCACUGAUGCUUAUCUAGACCAGUAUCUCUGGUACCAGGCGGAACAGCGCCACCUCUUCCCUUCUUGGAUCAAGCCCUCUGAUUCUGAAGUUCCUCCUCUGCUGACGUACAAGUGGGCACAAGGCAUCAAUAACUUAUCCAAUGUUUGGGAGACUGCUGAUGGUGAGACGAACGUCAUGAUCGAGACGGAGCUAUCUAAGGUUUACGAGAAGAUUGAUCUCACGUUAUUGAACCGACUACUGCGCUUGGUCAUGGAUCAUAACUUGGCUGACUACAUCACCUCCAAAAAUAACGUGCAACUCAGUUAUAAGGACAUGAACCACACGAACAGCUACGGUUUGAUUCGGGGCUUGCAAUUUUCCGGCUUCGUCUUCCAGUUCUAUGGCUUGAUGAUUGAUCUGCUGCUCCUUGGACUUCAGAGAGCUAGUGAAAUGGCUGGCCCCCCUCAGAGUCCUAAUGACUUCCUGCAGUUUAGGGACCGCGCCACUGAAACCAGACACCCUAUCCGUUUGUACACCCGCUAUGUCGACAAGAUAUGGGUAUUCUUCAGGUUUUCUGCAGACGAGUCUAGGGACCUGAUACAACGCUUUUUAACGGAAAAUCCAGAUCCCAAUUUCGAAAACGUCAUUGGAUAUAAGAAUAAGAAGUGUUGGCCGCGUGAUUGCCGGAUGCGUUUGAUGCGGCAUGAUGUCAACUUGGGUCGCGCUGUAUUCUGGGAUUUGAAGAACCGUAUGCCGAGAUCCAUCACGACGAUCGAAUGGGAUGAUACUUUUGCUAGCGUUUACAGCAAGGAUAAUCCUAACCUUCUGUUCUCCAUGUCUGGCUUUGAGGUUCGCAUUCUUCCGAAGAUCCGCAAUCAAAAUGAAGAGUUCUCCGUGAAGGAUAGUGUCUGGUCUCUGGUCGACAACACGACUAAGGAACGCACGGCUCACGCCUUCCUUCAGGUCACAGAGGAAGACAUUCAGAAGUUUAACAACAGAAUCCGGCAGAUUCUCAUGUCUUCCGGUUCCACAACGUUCACCAAGAUCGCGAACAAGUGGAACACCGCAUUGAUUGCUCUCUUCACAUAUUACCGUGAAGCCGCUGUCUCGACUGUCAACCUUUUGGACACGAUCGUCAAGUGCGAGACCAAGAUUCAGACCCGUGUCAAGAUUGGGCUGAACUCCAAGAUGCCGUCUCGUUUCCCUCCGGCUGUUUUCUACACCCCGAAAGAACUGGGAGGUCUUGGUAUGAUCUCUGGAUCCCACAUCCUCAUCCCUGCUAGCGACAAGCGGUGGUCGAAGCAAACUGAUACGGGCAUUACUCACUUCCGAGCUGGUAUGUCCCACGACGAGGAGACUUUGAUCCCGAACAUCUUCAGAUACAUCAUUCCUUGGGAAGCCGAGUUCAUCGACUCCCAGAGAGUGUGGAUGGAAUAUUCUCAGAAGCGACAGGAGGCCCAACAACAAAACCGCCGUUUGACGCUCGAAGAUCUGGAAGACAGCUGGGACCGUGGUCUUCCCCGUAUCAACACCCUCUUCCAGAAAGAUCGCAGUACUCUCAGCUUUGAUAAGGGAUUUCGUCUUAGGGCAGAGUUCAAACAGUACCAGCUGAUGAAGAGCAACCCAUUCUGGUGGACAAGCCAGCGUCACGAUGGUAAACUGUGGAACCUGAACGCCUACCGCACUGACGUCAUCCAGGCUCUUGGUGGUGUCGAAACGAUUUUGGAACACACUCUUUUCAAGGCCACGGCUUUCCCAUCGUGGGAGGGUCUGUUCUGGGAACGUGCUUGUCUUGCCAAGGGAACCCGGCUGUUACGAUAUGAUGGCAGUGAAGUCGAAGUCCAGGAUGUUAAAGAAGGAGACCUCCUUCUUGGUCCUGAUGGUGGUCCUCGGCGUGCAUUCAACAUAGUGAAUGGUAGUGACCGUCUCUAUCGUAUUAAGAUCGGUGGGGACAACGAGGAUCUCGUUGUUACGACGAACCAUAUCCUAGUGUUCCACCGGGAGAGGGGAGCUAGACUCGAUAGUGAUGAUGAUGAUAAACUGCCCGAACUUUCGGCGGCAGAACGAUACGAUACUGUAGAGAUGACUGCCGCUGAAUUUGCUUGCCUUAGCCCCGAGGAACGGGGCCACUAUCGCGCCUUCAGAAGUCCUGACCUCAAAGGCGUCGAACGCUCCAUCCCUCAACAACAUAGCUUCAUAAUCCAGGAUAUUAGCCUCGAAAGUGAAGCUACGGAGUGGGCCGGUUUCCGAGUUGAUAGAGAUCAGCUUUACUUACGACACGACUACCUUGUUCUGCACAACAGUGGAUUCGAAGAGAGCAUGAAGUUCAAGAAACUUACCAAUGCUCAAAGAUCCGGUUUGAAUCAGAUCCCUAACCGUCGGUUCACCCUGUGGUGGUCUCCAACCAUCAACCGUGCCAACGUCUAUGUUGGUUUCCAAGUCCAACUCGAUCUUACUGGUAUCUUCUUGCACGGAAAGAUCCCAACCCUCAAGAUCUCCUUGAUUCAGAUCUUCCGGGCCCAUUUGUGGCAGAAGAUUCACGAGUCCGUUGUUAUGGAUUUGUGUCAAGUCUUCGAUCAGGAGCUUGACCAGCUGGGCAUUGAGGCCGUCCAGAAGGAGACUAUUCAUCCACGUAAAUCGUAUAAGAUGAAUAGUUCAUGCGCAGACAUUUUACUCUUCGCGACGAAUAAAUGGAACGUUACCCGGCCCUCCUUGCUGUUUGAUACCAAGGAUGUUUACGAACCUACCACUACGAACAAGUUCUGGCUUGACGUGCAGCUGAGAUACGGUGACUACGAUUCUCACGAUAUCGAGAGAUAUGUUCGUGCGAAGUAUCUGGACUAUACGACCGACAGCAUGAGCAUUUAUCCUUCUGCUACCGGUUUGAUGAUCGGAAUUGAUCUCGCGUACAACCUAUAUUCGGCAUAUGGACAAUACUUCCCUGGUCUCAAGACUUUGAUCCAGCAAGCUAUGGCUAAGGUCAUGAAGGCCAACCCCGCCUUGUAUGUGCUGAGGGAGCGUAUCAGGAAGGGUCUGCAACUGUAUGCUUCUGAGAGCAACCAAGAGUUCCUUAACUCGCAGAACUACUCGGAGCUCUUCAGUCCCCAAAUUCAGCUCUUCAUUGAUGAUACUAAUGUGUACCGUGUCACCAUCCACAAGACUUUUGAAGGCAAUCUGACAACCAAGCCAAUUAACGGUGCCAUUUUCAUCUUCAACCCCAGAACUGGACAGCUCUUCCUUAAGAUUAUCCACACAAGCGUUUGGGCGGGACAGAAGCGUCUGGGUCAAUUGGCUAAGUGGAAGACUGCGGAAGAAGUGGCGGCCCUCAUUCGAUCCUUGCCCGUUGAAGAACAGCCGAAACAGCUUAUUGUCACUCGGAAGGGUCUUUUGGACCCACUUGAGGUCCACCUUCUUGACUUCCCUAACAUUUCGAUCCGUGCUUCUGAGCUCCAGCUGCCAUUCCAGGCCGCCAUGAAGGUGGAGAAGCUGGCUGACAUGAUUCUUCGGGCGACAGAGCCUCAGAUGGUUCUCUUCAACCUUUACGAUGAAUGGCUGAAGUCCAUCUCACCUUAUACCGCCUUCUCCCGACUCAUUCUCAUCCUCCGUGCGCUUCAUGUCAACAUUGACAAGGCUAAGAUCAUCCUGAGACCCGAUAAGACUGUUAUUACCCAGGAGCACCACAUUUGGCCCUCGCUAUCUGAUGAGGAUUGGAUCAAGGUCGAGGUGCAGCUGCGUGAUCUGAUUCUUAAUGACUAUGGAAAGAAGAACAAUGUCAACGUUCAGAGCUUGACCAGCAGCGAAGUCAGGGAUAUAAUCCUCGGUAUGGAGAUCAGUGCGCCUUCGUUGCAGCGACAGCAGGCGGCCGAGAUUGAGAAGCAGCAGGAAGAGCAGAAGCAGCUUACCGCUGUCACAACGAAGACCCAGAACGUCCGUGGCGAAGAGAUCAUCGUGACCACCACCUCACAGUACGAGCAGCAGUCUUUCGCGUCCAAGACUGAAUGGCGCACCCGGGCUAUUGCGACAUCCAACUUGCGGACUAGGGCGAACAACAUCUACAUCUCUUCGGACGACAUUCGUGAUGAAGGGUACACUUAUAUCAUGCCCAAGAACGUCCUCAAGCGAUUCAUCACCAUCGCGGAUCUUCGUGUCCAAGUUGCCGGUUACCUCUAUGGUAGCUCGCCGCCCGACAACGACCAAGUAAAGGAGAUUCGCACAAUCGUCAUGAUCCCGCAGGUCGGAAAUACUCGGGAGGUCCAGCUGCCGCACAAGUUACCCCAGCACGACUAUCUGAAUAACCUCGAGCCCCUGGGCGUUAUCCAUACCAUCUCUGGUAACGAGCCGCCCUACAUGACGGCAAUGGAUGUCACACAACACGCCCGACUGAUGAAUGAGCAUUCCAGCUGGGAUAAGAAGACGGUGACCAUGACCGUUUCAUUCACCCCGGGGUCCGUGUCACUCGCUGCUUGGGGCCUCACACCACAAGGGUACAAGUGGGGUGCCGAGAACAGGGAUACGACGUCGGACCAACCGCAGGGCUUCUCGACCAGCAUGGGUGAGAAGUGCCAGCUGUUACUCAGUGACAAGAUUCGCGGUUACUUCCUGGUUCCCGAGGAUAACGUCUGGAACUAUAGUUUCAUGGGCAGCUCCUUCGGCAGUGUCGAGAAGCGGCCAGUCUAUGUGAAGAUCGACACGCCCCUGAGGUUUUAUGACGAUCAACACCGGCCACUGCAUUUCCAAAACUUUGCAGAACUGGAGGAUAUUUGGGUUGAUCGAUCUGAUAACUUUGCAUGAUCUGCGACAGUCUUUCAGAAGGCGUUGGAAACGUUAUGUAUGAUUGAAUUUUCUUUUCUUUUGUUGUUUUACUCAUUAUUCAUUACUGAAGUCUAUUCCUCAUCUGGUUUCCUCCUCCCCCUUUUUCUAUUUGUGCUAUAGUGUUUUUAACUUAUUCCUCUUAUUUUUGUUUUUUCAUGAUGGCGAUGUUUCUUUUUAUUUUUUAAUCGAUGUCCCAAGAGGGAAAAUAAAAAGCGAGGGAUGCAUAUGGUUUAAGUUACACACAAUCAUGCAACAGUAUGGAGACAACAUUGGCAGGUUUCAUUUGCAUGUACAGUAAAAAGGGACUCUUGGUUUGAGAGGUUUUAGCAGUUAAUAAUAUAUUGAUCAGCCGGCAUAAAAAGAUGUACAAUUGAGAUUCUAGAGUGGAUCGGACCCUUCUUUCCCGUUUCCGCUGUUGCUGAUAUGAGGAGCAAUUGAAAGUGGGUAAUUUUCAGGAGAGGGGUACAUUAGAUGGAAUGGGAUAAACAACUUUUUUU